AUGUACUACCGUGGGGUGAAGGCGGCAGCUGGAUUCGACUACACCCCCCCGCCCGGCACCUCUGCAGGCAACAUCACCCUCACGAGCUUUUCCGAUAAAAUCCCUGAGGAAGCCAAGCUCGAUCUCGGCUUGAUCGCUACAGUCGUCCGUGACACUGUCACCAAGGUUCGCAAUCCUGAUUACUGCCGGCGGGUCGUAGCUAUCUCCGAGGAGUUGUACACUCGCAGCUCGAACGCGAAUCGUUGCCAGUGGUGGUUUCCAUGGGAGGGCGGGGUGGCGGUCAAUAACCUGUAUCGCGCACCGGCGACCGAUUGCCAUUUCGGAUAUCCCGGCAAAGCGCGUUUCCAUUCGUACGGGUCAUUUGAGCGCUAUUUCCGUAUCUGGCCCGGUAACCCGACGAAGAACGCUCAAGGGGUUUGGGAGGCGAACAAUGGAAGUGCCCGAGUAUUUUUCCGCAUUAAGCAUGAGCUCAAAGAUAAGUUCCUGGAGACCGUAAAGGACGAUCUACGCCUUAUGAAAGAGGAAGACACCCUGAAGGCGAAGAUAUAA